GUUUCGAUUUCUCUUCGUUUUUGUAAUCUCUGCCUGCGAUUUCUCGAAGCACGAAAAUGGUGUCCGUACGACUCUUCACUCUCAUCUCCUUCGCCUUCUUUAUAUUCAUCUCUGUCUCCGAAUCAAAAGUCUUGGAGCCUCACGUCGCUGAAUCAUUCAACGUCAGCCUCAUCCAGAGAUUGGGGAAUACUUGUUCUUACACAGUGAUCAUCUCGACGAGCUGUUCGUCGACUAGGUACACACGCGAUCAGAUCAGCGUCGCUUUCGGCGAUGGCUAUGGAAACCAGAUAUACGCACCAAGGCUUGACGAUCCAUCUACAAAAACGUUUGAGCAAUGUUCAUCAGAUACAUUUCAGAUAAACGGACCAUGCACAUACCAGAUAUGCUAUGUGUAUCUCUACAGGUCUGGUCCAGAUGGUUGGAUCCCAGACAGUGUAAAGAUAUUUAGCCAUGGCUCUAAAGCGGUCACCUUCUCAUAUAACACACACGUCCCUGAGAGUGUAUGGUAUGGUUUCAAUUACUGCAACAGAGCCUCAGAUUCUAAUGUCCUAGCCAUUGGUCUCAGAAGGAUCGUGAUCAUACUCCUAGGGUUUGUUGUAGCCGGUACAACAUUGCUCUUGUAAGCUGUUAUGGUUCCAGGUUUUUACUGUCGGGUUUUGUAUGACCAUAUUAGGACUUGUAAAGAAUAAAUGUGUACCGGAAAUGGGUCUCAUAUCUGUAUUAACCAUAAAUCUAUAAUGAAGUUGCUUACUCCUAAUUA